CUGACGUAUGCACGAUAUGCGAGUAUCAAGACGGUCACAUUAUUGAUUAGUACAACCGCGUCGUCUCUAUCGGCAAUGGAGGCAUCGGGACGCGACGCAUACGAAAACAAAUACCUCUAAUUAUAACAAUGUCCUUUUAAUGCCGUGUAGUAUUUGCAUAAUGUGUAAUAAAAUUAAAUGUUAAGUAUUAGUGGCCUAACGAGUGUUUAUUGGUAUUAAUUUCUUCAGGAUGGGUUCCCUAGUGCUUAAAUCGUUAUCAAUACUUCUAGGAUUAUUUUUUAUUUUCGUUGGAUUUAUGAAGUUAUCCAGUCACAUUUCAAAGGAUCUACACAAAGAUUUGAGAAGGGAAUAUGUGAAGUAUUCGAAGGUGUUUCCUUUCUCCGAAUCGUUUGAUUUAAAAAUACCGAGCAAAUGGUACAGAAGGACCGUCGGCGCUCUUGAGAUCGCCUGUGGAAUUGCCAUGGCGUUCAUUCCUAACCAUAAAGUGAAGAACGGAGCAAACAUCUGUCUACUUGUGUUAACUUUAAUGGCCGUCUACUCCCAUUAUAUGGUCGCGGACAAAUUGGAACGGACAGCUCCAGCGUUGGUGUUUCUUUUUAUGCUGAGCGGCAGGUUGGUAGUCUACUGGCAGUUGACACGUCGCGAAGCAGAGCAAACGCAAACUCAAGUAAACGGAUUUAAACAGGAAUAACGCGGGAAAACGGCAGAUUGGUAUCUAAUACAUACAUAAC